AUGGCAAAGCCGGUCGCGCGUUGGAGGCGCUCCGGGACCCGGGACAGUGUUGGCCUCCCACGGGGGCCUGAAGCAAGCCCUCCUCCAGGGUCCUCAACGCCUUCGGACCAUCAAGCACCAAGCUUGCCCCGAAGCUUCUCCUCUUUUCGUAUGCAGGGCAUCGCUCCCACCUCCAGCGACUCAGGGACCUUCUCUUCCCGGGAGGAUAGCCUCCAGCGGGUUCCUUCCGGUGGAGCCCCUUCGGGGUUUUCUUCGCAGUCUCCAUCCUCAUUGGGGGCACCUGGGGAAACACCCAGAUAUAGUCUGGGGAGUUCAGAUGGGUCCCGAGGCAGCUUUGCACCCCCAGCGAGCCAGGGCUCUACAGGGAGUGAUCCUCAGUCUGCUAUUUCUCAACUAUUUGGAAACAGAGGGCUUGAGGCUUUCAACAAACUCACGCUCGACGAUGAAUACAUCCUGCACUUCUACGGAGUUAGGCAGACGUUUAUGAAGCCCGCAGUUCAGGAACAUUGCGAGAGGGCCCCUGGGGGAGGCAGUAACGGCGGGUUUCAGCACACUCUCGUGUGGAAUGUCAGAGGCCGUGAAUUUCGUGCUUCCGGUAUCGGUCGGUCUAAAAAGGACGCAAAGAAGGAGGCAGUAAAAGUCCUCCUCGUGCAACUGGGGCCCGUGACUCCGCAGAUCGGCGUUGAUGCAUGCUCACUCCUCACCCCACCCACAGACGUGCUUAUGUGCUCACACACGAGUACAACCACAGAUAUGCGUAGGCAGAGGGGCAUGCUGGAGUGGUCUUUGACCUUCGUCUCCUCAACUUGUGGGCAGUUGACGCACAACUUCGAGUGGAACUUUUUGCUCGAUGGAGAGACCACUGUCGUGGAAUCUACAGGGAAUGGCUCCUUUCCGGUUGAGGCGGAGAUAGCUGCCAUGCAAGAUAUGUACAUAAAAGUCCAAGAGGCGUCGAGGAACAGAAAGCAGCAGCCGCAAGAGCAUCGGAGUCAGAUCACGAAGCCGUCGCAGCUCUCCAAGCACACGGCAGGGGAAAUAAACAUGCUGCACAAUACUGUCACCUCUCAGAACCAAAUCAAAGCCACGGAAACUAUCACAGAGCAUGUCAUCGUUGCCGUUGGCUCCACAAAGGCGGGUGCCCGAGCUCAAGCAGCCAUGCAAAUGAUGCAAGCGGCCGGCUUCAUAGAGCAUGUCGAAGACAAAGACAGGCAGGCAGCCCUCAUGGUUGUUAACCAGGUGGAAAGCAAAAAGGUGUACAGAAAACGGGCUUGCAUUGUGGCGGGUGUUUGUUCUCAACAGGACCCCUCUGUGUACGUUGAGAGUGCUUGUCGUCUCAUUGCCGAGACGAGGGGGGCGGUCUGGCGCAUUUUCCUCCCUGUUGUUUGGCGGGCCGCAAUGGCUGAAGGCAACCGUUCGCUCGUGAAUUCCCUCAUCGAUCAACUCAAGAUGCAGGCUGCCCCUCGUCUGCCCGCUGCGGAACAAGCUCGGGGGGAAGGGCAAAACAGCCCCGAGUCGCAAGAGACGGUGAAGGCAUCUUACGACGCACCGAAGGUGAUGCCUCCAGAUCUCUGGGAGCAGCUCCUUGACGAGUGUACAGUCCUUACCAACUGCGAGUUCGGCCAGGUUCUGAGUAGCCAUGUUUUUGCUGUCUUCAUGGCUUCAACAGGACACAUGCGUCUCUUGGUGGGCAGUUGUUGCGUGCAGCAACGAUGCUUUGUGGGCGUGGUGACGAGUGUUAAGGGGGACUUCUCGGAAUCGAUGAACGUGAAUGUUCGCGUCGCCACCGCUGAAGUCAAGAAGUACCCGGAGGUCUUCACCACCAACAAAUUCAAACUAUACUACCUCACACCUGCCGUGACGCACGAUCGGAUGGUUCAGGCCCUCCGAGGUCUUACGAUGUCAAAGCACCCUGCAGGGAAGUCGCCGCCUCCUUACGUUUUCGCGCCGGAGAUCCGCUACCUUCUCCUUCACACGAGCGAGCCUCAGGCUCAGCAGGUCUCAGGCCGGGGGCCGGUGCCACAACUGAGCGACACAGAUCCAGAGCAAUACAACCCGUUACACCAGCUGGAUGAGUUGGCAGAUGGCGACUCGUGCAAGAAACAACGAGUGCAGCCAUCGCUGUUGCAACAAGUUGUGAGCUUGCGACACUCAGGGGGACCCCCGGGCACGGGGAAGACACAUGUGGCUUGCGCCAUCAUUGACGCGUGGCAGCGCAUCAAUCCGACAAAGAAGAUUCUUGCAGUCGCGGACUCGAAUGUUGCUGCGGACAACCUCAUGGAGGGCCUGAGCAAUCGGGGCAUUCGCAGUGUCCGUGUAGGUAGCGGAAGUGAAUCGGACUUAAAGGAGGAAUCAAUUCAAGAUCUUCCUCGAUAUCGUGACCUUCUACGGAUGCGAGACAAGAAUUCUGGGGAGGCGCGGAGUUUGCGCAUGCUUCUGGUUCGAGAAGCCGUGCGCAAGUACAAUGUGAUUAUUGCUACUUGUGUGGGCAGCGGGCACGAGAUGUUCGACGACGUUACUUUUGAAAGGGUUAUUAUUGAUGAAUGCGCUCAAUCCAUUGAACCGUCCAACCUGAUCCCGCUAGGUCAUGGUUGUCGCUCGGUGGUCCUCAUCGGCGAUCACAAACAACUUCCACCGACAAUUGUAUCACGGGAAGCUAGCGACGGCGGGCUCGGCGUUUCGCUCCUUGAACGAUUUGUUGGGAGCGGCAUCGCACCGAUCCAUUUGCUAAAUGAGCAACGUCGUAUGCACCCGAGCAUCGCACACUUUCCCAACAUGCAGUUCUACCAAGGCAAGAUCUUCAGCCGAGACGUGGAUGACUGCAACCGGCCUACAGUAGCAGGUUUCCUAUGGCCAUCGCAGCACAGUCGCGUCUGUCUCAUUGAUAUAUCUGCUGGGCUGGCUAAUAUGGAGCAGUCUUUGGGGACGUCGAAGUACAGCCUUGUGGAAAUAGAUCCGAUCUUGGCGAUACUGAGGUCGGUAUUACAGUGUGGGACAAUCCGUCCGAGUGAAAUCGGCAUCUUAACUCCUUACGAUGCGCAGAAAGCCCGAAUUCGCUUCGCCUUGAACGACUCUUUUGAUAAGGCGUUGUGCUACCAGAUUGAUGUCGACUCGGUGGAUGGGUUCCAGGGCAAAGAAAAGGAUCUUAUUAUCUUUAGUGCUGUUCGUUCCAACCCAAGAGGGGAAAUUGGAUUCUUGAAAGAUGCACGCCGGCUGAACGUUAUGCUAACGCGCGCUAGAAGAGGACUCCUUGUGGGCGGAUACGGUGAACUGGAGACCAUGGAUUUCUUGGGUUGGAAGCCAGUAAGGCUGCAAUCGACGGUCAUCGCAGCGGAGUUGUUAUGGCGUACCAUUUCGUUGCGCCUUACAUUUGUUACGCUGUCAUCGCGUGAACAGGAUGGGUUGCAUGUAUCAUUGAUGCGUGCGGUGAUGCUGAAACGCAGGAGGUCUAUUGUUCCGAUCUCUCGCCUGAACGACUACCUUGAGGUGCCCACCUACAACUAUAAUCCCAUAGCUUCAGGAGCCCCUCGUGUGGGUGUAAAUGUAAGUGGCACUGGGGGUGUCACUGCAACGAACACGGGAGGAGGGGCCAUAAAGACGGGCUAUAUGCCGCAAGGUUUCCAAGCAGACUUCGGGGGCGGCGGUGUGGGCCCACGAGGAGAGGGAGGGCGCGAAGCUGCACCGGAACCAAUGCAUGGCUUGUGCUCGCUUGCGAACUAA